CCGUGUUUGUUUGUUGCUGCUGCUGCCGCUGUUGUGGGCUCUCUCAUCGUUGAUUUUAGCUGCGUUGUCUGCCGACAGCAACCUUGUGCAUUGCGAGCCCGACUGCCGUGAAGUCGCGUCAAGCCCAACACGGGAGCAGUUCAGCACUCGGAGUUGCAAGAAAAGUAGCUGAAAAUAUCGGUUCGUGGGUGGUUCCCCGUCCCUCCACCACCACCACCACUGUCCAGGUCGCUUCUUAAAGAGCCAUGUAAGCUCGGCCGAGGCCCUGCUUACCUGGUCGAAUGCGAAACAGUUUCGUUGGAAUAGGUUUCAUUAUCUUUUUUUAAAGGAAUAAUUGCAUCCUCGUGGGACAAGGGGCCCGCCCGCCAGGGAUAGAUUUGCAUCCGUCCACGCCUGCGGCGAAUUCGACCAUCAAACAUCAGUCAUGGACUCGAGUCCGCCUAUUGAGGAUCUCUUGAGCCAGGACACCAUGCAGCUCAUCUACAAUGACAUCACGAGUGGCAACUCAAUGCUGAGCAUCGACAAUGUGGACCUUCGAUUUGAUGAGUCUCCUGGCAGCAAGCUCCAGAUCAACAUGGAGGUGUUGCAGAUGGAGAACAAGAACCAUUGUGAAGCGUUUUCCGAUAUCCCUGAAAACGUUUCUCAGCAACCCGUUUCAACUUUUCCAACCUAUAUGCAACAACAACAACCGGACUCUGGUAUCGCACAGCAGCAAUACAACGAACAUCAAUAUUUUGGCGACGAGUCGUGGUGUGAGAACCAGGGCCUCUCGUGCAUUGCUCCUAUGGUGGCAAACUCCACAGCGGGAUUUUGUCCAAGCACCGAGCCCAUCCUGUGCGGACCCAUGGUGUCCCCCUCACUGCCUUUAGAAAUGCCUGGCCAGUUGUAUGGCUCAACCAUUCCAUCAAAUACCGACUACAAGGGCCCUUUCAACUUUACGGUCAACUUCUCUCCAUCCAGCACUGCCAAGUCUGCCACCUGGACUUUCUCAACAAAACUGAAGAAGCUAUAUUGCCAAAUGUCCAAGAUAUGCCCUGCAGAGAUACGGACUUCAACUCUGCCACCUCAAGGCACCAUCAUCAGAAUCAUGGCAAUGUUUAAGAAAUCGGAGCACAUUUCUGAAGUUGUACGUCGUUGUCCUACUCACCAGCAGAGCCCAGAGUUGAAUCACGGAAGUAUUGCCCCUGUUACUCACCUGAUCCGUGUGGAGGGUAAUCGCAAUGUUCGCUAUGAAGAACAUCCGGUGACGGGUCGUCAAAGCGUAGUGAUGCUUUUUGAAUUCCCACAGGUGGGAACAGAUUUUACCAAGGUCAUGUUCUGCUUCAUGUGUAACACAAGCUGCCUUGGGAGUAUGAACCGUCGGCCCAUCUACACUAUCUUGACGAUGGAGACCCUCAAUGGCCAGGUACUGGGCCGAUUCUGCUGUGAGACCCGAGUGUGUGCUUCGCCGGGGAGAGAUAAAAAAAUGGACGAGCAGCGCAUGCAGAAGGACGAUCAGGAGCGGCAACAGCAGCAGCCUCCUUCACCCACCACACAGAAUUCACCCACCACACAGAAUUCACCCACCACACAGAAUUCACCCACCACACAGAAUUCACCCACCACACAGAAUUCACCCACCACACAGAAUUCACCCACCACACAGAAUGCACCUCAGUCUGUGCAACAGUAUCCUACCUUGGCAGAGGCAGAAACCCAGACUUCUCAGCCGACCAAUCAGCCUCCACAGGCUCAGCCAGUUGAGCACACCCCACAAGUGCCUAAGUCGUCUUCUGGCAGCAGUCAGCCACCGAGUGGAGAGCCGACUUCUGAUACAAGCUCCCAAGGCUGCAAGAAAGUGGUACAUGAUAUGCUGAUGAUUUCAAGCAAUGUUGGAAACAAGCGGCCAUCCGAUCAAGAAGACAUAUUUCCCCUCCUGGUGCAAGGGAGAGAAAAUUUUGAAAUAUUAAAGAAAAUCAAGGAAAGCCUGGAGCUGAUGCGAAUGCUGCCCAAGGAUACUGUCAAUGUGUUGCGCAACCUGCAGCAAAAACGAUACAUGAUGGAAUUGCGUGGAAGGCCGGCAAGCCUCAGCCGACACGGAAGCGAGUGUUCACAGGAAGUCUUGAACGGCAGCCAGGGAUCCUCCAGCGCCGGCGUUGGUUCCUCAUCAGGCGUUGCACAAAAUGGUCUGACGGUGGUGGAAGCGAAUGGAUCCAAUGGUCCCCCACGGUCACCUGACGGCGACAGCCCACCUGCCUGGCCCGAAACCCUGCCGGACAGCAGCAAGCCUCAGAAUACUAUUUCCAACUUCCUGAAACAAAUGGACUGCUUUGAGUUUUUGGAGAAUUUCACUUCACGUGGAUUGUUAAGUCUCCAACAGCUGAAGAACUUUACUCUACAGGACUUGGAUAAACUGGGAGUCCCAGAAGCCAAAAGGCAACUGCUACUGAGUGGAAUUCAGGAGCAUCGUGUGUCGACCACGAUCUUCAGCAAGACAACACUGAAGCGCUCGCCUAGUGAAGAGACCGUCCACCUGAGCCCCGAGGACGAUGAUAAUGGCAUAGACACCAAGGAUGGCAUCCGUGCCAAAGUUUUCCCAGCCCUGCAGGCCUCUGGCAGUAAUCUGUCCUCUGUCAGCAAUCAUUCUCACAAUAGUGGCAUUUCCAAAUACAUUUUCCGAGUGCAUGCUCGCCAAACCAUUUAUCUGCCUCGUUCUGGCAGCUGGGGAGGCAGUAGCAGCCUGGAGGUGCCCAGGAGCAAGAUGCGAAAAUUGUCUUCAUGCUCUGACACCGAAGAGGAAGAGAGGCUGGAGUAAGAAGAGGAGGGGGGGGAGCGAUAGAUGGAUGAUGGUGGGAGGUUGUGUGGACCAUGGGAUGCACUUUCUAUGAAAAGCCCUUGGGGUAAAUAAGCUGGUGUCGUUCCACUCUGGGUUUCAAUAACUUCCUUUGAGCUUGCUUGCAUAGUUUUUUUACAUAAUGCAGUCAAUAACAGAUACAGCAGCGUCUUGGCUUCACUACCCAAGGGAGGAACUUGUCUCUUCCAAGAAUGAAGUGAGUGACUUACCAGUUUUGUUCCUUCAUGCCAUUUAAGUCAUCUCGAAUUUAAAUAUACAAAACGUUUUGUUUCCAUGCAGAGGAGAUAGCCAUGUUCAGAGCAAUGUGCUUUUUUGUUGUGUUGCAUUUGCUCUGUUCAAAGAUCGUUUCAAAUCUGCAUCUUUUGGAAGGAUGAAUACUAAGUGGCAAGGUUUUUGCAUAAUCAGAUUGUCUCAUACUCCGGGAGAUUGUUGUAUGGGCCUGUAUGCUAUAACCUACUUCAUAAAAACCAAAAAAAUUCCAAAAUAAAGUUGAUUUGUGACAUGUUCCAUUCUGCAAAGUUUUAUAGACUUAGUUUGGUGCUGGUAACAGAUGUAUAGAAAAAAAACACAUUUUCUAUAUUUAGUGUUUAUGGAACUGUCUUAAGCAUAUAUAUGCAGUGGUUUCUUUUACAGGUAGGAACAACAGUUCUACACUGCCCACCAGGGUUUAUUUGUCUGUCGUGCAUAGCCCCUUUAAAACAUGUACGCUCGCGGAUUGGUUGAAGGCGUCACGUGACGGCGAGCUUUGUCGUGCACGAAUGCCGCUGUCCAACCAAGUUCCUACCUGGCCACUCCGAAGGAACGUGUUUGUGCUAUGGAUUCAGAAACCCGAGUUUGAGGGUGAUAUCCGAACUGCUGAUUCUUGGGCGCUGACCACUGGUGAAGUACCCGUAUGGUCACUGCCUUCAUCUUGGAGUGGAUUACUACCCAAGGGAGGAACCUUGUCUCUUCCAAGAAUGAAGUGAAUGACUUAUCAGUUUUGUUCCUACAUGCCAUUUAAGUCAUCUUGAGUUUAAAUAUACAACACGUUUUGUUUCCAUGCAGAGGAGAUCGCCAUGUUCAGAGCAAUGCGUUUUUUUGUUGUUGCAUUUGCUCUACUGUUCAAAUAUUGUUUCAAAUCUGCAUCUUUUGGAAGGAUGAAUACUAAGUGGCAAGGUUUUUGCAUAAUCAGAGUUUCUCAUACUCCGGGAGAUUGUUGCAUGGGCCUGUAUGCUAUAACCUACUUCAUAAAAAGCAAAAAAAAUUCCAAAAUAAAGUUGAUUUGUGACAUGUUCCAUUCUGCAAAGUUGUAUAGACUUAGUUUGGUGCUGGUAGCAGAUGUAUAGAAAAAAAAGCACAUUUUCUACAUUUAGUGUUUAUGGAACUGUCUUAAGCGUAUAUAUGCAGUGGUUUUUUUUACAGGUAGGAACAACAGUUAAACUGCCCACCAAGGGAGUAUUUGUGCAUCGCCCCUCCAAAACAUGUACGCCACCGGAUUGGUUGAAGUGCGUCGCGUGACCGCGAGCUUUCUGUCGUGCACGAAUGCGCUGUCCAAGUUCCUACCUGGCCACUCCGAAGGAACUGUGUUUAUUUGCUAUGGAUUCAGAAACCCGAGUUUGAGGGUGAUAUCCGAACUGCUGAUUCUUUGGACGCUGACCACUGGUGAAGUACCCGUAUGGUCACUGCCUUCAUCUUGGAGUGGAUUGAAAAAGGGCUGUUGAUAUUCUUGAGCUUUGAUUAAAAGCCAAAACCUUUUAAAGUACAAUUUCAGGAAUUGUUUUUCUAGAUAAGCCACUUGGAAAAAAUAUAUCCAAUGUUUGAGUUUGCAUACGGAGCCCAAAACCACCUGUACGUUUUGCAAUGUUCUUUAUAUAUUUUAACAAUCACUGCCUUUCAUGUAAACUGGUACCAGGUGCAUAAAGCGCAUGAGAACGUUCAAUUCGAAUGCGCAGUUCCCUGGAAUAGCUACAGUAUUGAUUUGUAUAAACAAGUUUUGACAAUAAAAAAAACUCUUUGAACUGUUAA